CGCACGGUUAGCGGAUUUGAAAAAGCGACGCGAUGGAGCCAAACCAAAGUAGCCCAGGAAAAACCCCAAAAACCUUCGUGAGCCGGUUGUCUCUGUUCGGAAAUGCGGCCAACGCGACCGCGGGCGACAUGUCCUGCAGCGAUGUGUCCGACAUUGAGCUCCAGGAUGUGCCCGCCACGCUGGAGGCCACCCUGAAGCCGCGACCCUACGAGGUUAGCACCUUGUUUAACAUCGACCUGGACGAAAUUUGGGGCGCCCGCACGCAGGAGGAUGAGGUGCAGCAGUACGGGAAGCGCGGCCAGGCGGAGCAGCAGAGAUUCGUGGACUUUGUGAUGCAGGCGUAUAUGGAGACGGGUGGCCAGGAGGUGAGCUACCAGCCCAGCAAGGAGCAGCAGCGCCACCUCGACGAGGGGCCCAAUUUGCAGAACUUCGUGCGCGGCUCCCUGGCCUUCAUCAAUGCCGCCAUCCGAUUUCAGGCGGAGCACGAGGACAUGAUGGAGCUGCAGGCCAAUCUGGAGGAUCAGUUGCGGUUCAUGCGGAACGCCCUGAUCAACAACGCAAUGCAUGAGAAUCUGGCCGCCGGUCCGCGAUGAUCUUAUGAUGAUCCUAUGGCAUAAUAGGUUUUUACCUCAGUAUAUAAGUAGUAAGUAAUUUAAGAUGAAACAGUGAACCAUUUUCCAUUAUUACCCCUAUAAAUUUGGCUAAAAUUGAAAGCUUGUUGAUUAAACAUCGUAUCCCAGCUAUAUCAUGAUUUAUAAUCUAAGCAAUAACCGAUAAUUUAAGAUGAAACAAUGAACCAUUUACCCUUAUUACCCCUUGAUUAAGCUCUAUAAAUUAGGCUAAGAUUGAUACAUGAUAUCCUAGCUAUAACCUGAUUUAUAAUCUAAGCAAUAACCGAUGAUCUUUUGAUGAUCCUAUGCCAUAAUAAGUAAUACAUUUUGCCUGAGUGCAUAAGUAGUAAGUAAUUUAAGCAGAAAAACGGAGCUAUUUUCCAUUAUUACCCAUUAGUAAGCAUGAAGUUGUUCUUAAGCUGAUCAAAUCGAAAGCUUGUUGAUUAAAGAUCGUAUCCCAUCUA